AAACUUACAUGUACAUAUAUACAUAGGCAACGGCUUCUCUUUUGCUGAGUUGCUUCUUCAUACAUUCCGACCCCAAAUUAGGGCAAAGAGAGCUCCAGACUAAAGAAGGAACGGGCAAGAAGAAGACGACCCUACUCAUUCGAGCUUCGAGUGCGUGAAGGGUUCAGGUUUUGGUGAGGAAAAAUGACUCUCUCGGACGAUGAGAUCACAAGGCUUCACCGUAUCCGGAAGACGGUGAUGCAGAUGCUGAGGGACCGGGAAUACCUCGUGGGAGAUUUCGAGAUAAACAUGUCAAGGUAUCAGUUCGUUGACAAGUUUGGGGAGUACAUGAAAAGGGAGGAUCUUGUGAUCAACAAAACGAAGAGGAAUGACUCUUCUGAUCAGAUUUAUGUCUUCUUCCCUGAGGAGGCAAAGGUUGGUGUGAAGACGAUGAAGACUUACACCAAUCACAUGAAGUCAGAGAACGUCUUCAGGGCAAUACUAGUUGUUCAGCAGAACUUGACACCCUUUGCUCGAACCUGUAUAAGUGAAAUUUCUUCAAAGUUCCACCUCGAAGUGUUCCAGGAGGCUGAGCUUCUGGUCAAUAUUAAGGAGCAUGUGCUUGUCCCAGAGCAUCAGGUGCUCACAACUGAGGAGAAGAAGACUCUGCUGGAAAGGUACACGGUGAAAGAGACUCAGCUCCCACGUAUCCAAGUGACAGAUCCAAUUGCAAGAUACUACGGGCUGAAGCGCGGACAGGUCGUGAAGAUCAUCAGAUCAAGUGAAACAGCCGGAAGAUACGUUACUUAUCGAUAUGUUGUCUAGGAGAGGAGAGAGCUUAUCGGAAUGAAGGGUUCAAAUGCUACCGAUGAGUUUGAAUUGUAGAACUUUGUCACUGUAAAUUGCUGCCUCUAGGUGAAAUGGACCCACCGUGUUAUGGAAAUUUUGUCUACCUUAGUUGCCAUAUGUGAGACUCACUCUGUUUUAUCGGAGCAAUUUUGAUGGUGCCGUAUCUGUUAUCAGUUC